GAUGUCAGUGUCACUGUCAAUCAGUCAAAUUACCAACCUGAAAUCCGCGUCCUAUUUAGUAGUGAAAUUUGGUGUAUUUAUCUAAAUUAAAAAGAUUAAAAUGGCUAAAACAAAAAUUGAGGACGUCGAUUUAUAUGCUAUCCUUGAUCUUACUAUUAGCGCCACAGAACCUGAGAUCAAGAAAGCAUACCGGAAAAAAGCACUACAGUGCCAUCCUGACAAAAAUCCAGAUGAUCCAAAAGCAGCAGAAGCAUUUCACGAACUCUCAAGGGCUUUGGAGAUCCUUACCGAUGCUGCUGCACGCUCUGCCUAUGACAAAGUACUACGAGCUAAAGAAGCUGCAAAACUCAGGCAUAAAGAACUCGACAGUAAGAGACAGAAGCUCAAAGAAGACUUAGAAAGGAGAGAAAGGGAAGCAAUGUCUGGGUCAGGAAUGAGUAAUCUUACAGAUGAACAAAAAUUGGCUGCUGAAAUACAAAGGUUGCAGAAAGAGGGUAGUAGACUUCUGCAGGAAGAACAAAAGAGGGUUAAAGAGGAAAUACAGAGAAGCCUGGGCCGUCUUACUGACCCUGUAUGGGAUUCAAGUUUGAACAGAAUCAAGAUUAAAUGGAAGGCAGAUAAAACAGAUGAAAGCAAUGGAGGAUAUGAUGAGGCAACAUUAAGGAAGUUUCUGAAAAAGUAUGGGGAUAUUGUAGCAUUAAUUAUAUCUCCUAAGAAGAAGGGGAGUGCUUUGGUUGAGUUUACUUCUAAGGAGGCUUCCGACAUGGCAAUUGAAUUUGAAAAAGGUAUACCGGAAAACCCUCUCACAUUGAAGUGGUUAAAUGACAAACCUGUGCUAACAACAAAGCGGGAUGCUCCAGGGCCUUCACUGGUUUCAGAUAGGGAUUAUGAAUCACUUGUGAUGACUAAAAUGAGACAGGCUGCAGAGAGGCAGAGACUCAUAGAACAAAUGAUGAAAGAGGAAGGGGCAAAGUGAAUAAAUUAUUUGACAAAAUAGAAUUUGCUUGAUACCUUUUGAACAUUUGGUAUUCUACUAUUGUGGUGUUUAGCAAUACAUCAAUUGACCAUAUCACAUGCCAAUGUUAAAUAUUUUUUAAUAAGAGAAAUAUGCAAAUAAUAUAUGGAGUACAGACUGGA